UCCAGACAACAUCGCUCAACAAGCACUGUACCAAAUGGUGUUCGCUGUGCAAUUGCGGACGCUUCAUUGAGAUGGGUGAUCAUCGCAAUCCUAUCUGACUGGCUGCCCUGAUCUCUCAAUUACUCGACCCGAGGAUCGCAUCAGUAAUAAGCUGAGUCUCGAAGGGUUUCUUCGAGACUACCACGCUCUCACACUCGUCCCCUACAACAACGCUCAUUUCUUGUCGCGCAUAGACAUAGACUGCUGAUGCUUUACUUCCCGUGCCAUACAAUAUAGACCACCACACGACCAUGGCAGGCCUCGCGUCGGCCAACGCGACACCUCCGCUGCAGUUGAUUCCCCAUCUCCAGACGAUUCUCAAGGACUUGACCGAUGCGCCCUAUCCGACCCUCGAGUCUCCCGACAAGGUCAAGAGAGCUUCCGUGGCUUUGGUGAUCCGCGUACAGCCUUCGUACAACCACUGGCCCGAGGUUGAGUCAGAAGCGAAGAAGGACCUCAACGCCUUCUUCGAGCAAGAGUGGACACAACAUGGAGAGCCUGAGGUGCUGUUCAUCAAGCGCGCUUCACGUAAGGGUGAUCGAUGGACUUCGCAUAUCGCCCUUCCAGGAGGAAAGCGCGAUCCAACAGAUGCCGAUGACCAAGCAGCCGCUAUUCGGGAAGCAUGGGAAGAAGUUGGACUAGAUCUGAACAAAUACGCUGUCUCGUGUGGUAAUCUUCCGCAACGACUUGUCACCACACACUGGGGCAAGAAGCCAUUGCUUGUGCUCUGCCCAUAUGUCUUCCUUUUGACGACCCACGCCAUUCCACCUCUGAAGCUACAACCUAGCGAGGUCGCCAGCACGCACUGGGUUCCUUUGCGGAGCCUCCUCAGUCCCGAGCAACGCACGAUUGCCUUUGAGGAUGUGUCAUCGCGUCUUGCGAACCAGGAAACGGGUGUCAAGAGGUGGAUGUUGGCCACAAUCCUUGGACGCAUGAUAUUUGCUGCCAUCAAUUUGGAGCCCACAGAAUCCCUUCACAGUGUGGAAUCUCCCAGCUCGGAUGUGACUCUGCAAGAUAAUCGUUAUGCUCAGCUCACCACGAAGGACAAACUGAGUCUCUUCGUAAACCGCAUAUGGCGAGCAGAUAUCUUCAAUCAAUUCCCGGUACCCAAGAAAGAAGGUCCUUUACUACUUUGGGGUUUAACACUGGGUGUCAUACAGGACUUUCUCGAUUUGAUGCCACCGCACAAUGCUCUUACUCUCUGGACAUAUCCAACCUUCACGCCCCUCGAUGUGCGACUAUGGGUCUGGCUGCUGACCUAUCGCUUUAAGAAUCGCAAGCGAGUUGAACUUCAAUCGGGAUCAGAAUUUCGAGACAUUCGUCCUUCUUUUGGCGGUGCUUCCGAGACUGGAGUGCAAAAUGCAAAUCGGUCCGUGGGCGCUCCAAAUUCAUCCAGCGAAGCGCCUUUUGAAACAGGGUUCCAUGGCUUAGGAACCGGAUCUGGUGUCGGCGAGGUUCGAUCAAAGAAAGCUGCUGUCGCGACCAUGCUUGAAGGGUGCGUCAACACUCUCGUCAGGUAUUCUCUGCCCGAGAUUGCUGACCGCGCCAGAUAUUACGAUAUUGUUCGCCGAGCCGUGGCAGUCGCUCUAGUGGGAAGAGCGACUGUUGUAACUGUCCUCCUUGUGUUAUUGUGGAGGAAGUGGAAGGCUAAGCGGUUCUGAAGCCAAGACCAGCACUGCUCAAUGAAGCGCUUGCAAAGUACUAUGGCGUCCUCGCGUAUGCUCACCCCAACUGUGAAGCCGGAAUUGUCUCUCCGGCCACAAGGCUGAGCCCAUAUUAAGAGCUUGCCUGGGCCCGAAGACGACAAAACACCGGAGUCCAUCAUGGAAUGAGUACUUUCAGCAGAAACUCAGUAACAAAAGGGCUACCUAGGCAACCAGGGUCAAUGCUCGACAGACAAAAGGUUUCCCUAUCAUCGUAUCUUUCAAACAGGCAGGAGAGGUGUUUCUGGCGAGCAGGGAAGGAACAAGUGUGGCUUCCUCGGCUGUGAGCAACGCAGCAGAUUUUACAGAAUGCGGAAUGACGGAGGACACUUCAGGAGAGUGAAGCAAGUGAAUGAAGAUGCGCUAACGAGCGAGCGUCGAUAUGAACUUGUAGUAGAUGGUGGAAGGCGGUGGCACCGGGGGUGCCGAAGACCAUCUAACGCUGAUCAAUACCUCAGCGAGAGGCCCCAGAUCCCAGAUACUUAUAGAAGAGUGCAUGGCGAGCCUCUAGUAGCUGUGAAUUCCGCAAGUGAUGCGAUAUAUAGGUAAACCAAACACUUCCUGAUCCGCAUCAGAGCCACCGCGUU